UAGUGACUCUGUGUCAAAAAAGAAAGAGAAAAAGAAACCCAAGACACAGAGAGGUAAUGACUUCCCAAGGUGUUCUGGCUCCAGAAUAUGCCCUUUUAACCACCAUGUUACACUGGUGGUUACACUCAUCUGGUGAGUUUCCAGAUGACUGAAAUACAAUCCCAGAACUUAAAUGAAGCUUAACAUUUAAUAGAACUUUCUUUAGCAGUUAUACUCUUCUUCUUAAACAUCACAAAGCAAGAUUUUAACUUUCUCUUAAUUGUUUUUCAGAUCGUCUCCGUCAUCACCAGCUAUUAUAUUAUUGCUCUCUGCCCAUGAGAGUAGGAGAUGGGGAGCAAUUGAGGUUCGAGGCAGAGUGGAUCAUCAGGUUUUUGAGUCUUGUUUACUUCCUGAUGAUUUCUUUGGCCUCCGCCAAUUUCUUUUAUUAAAUGAUCUUUAAUAUUUAUGUAACUCUUAUGUUUGAAGUUCUUAAUAUUUAUUUUGAUUUCUUAGUGUUUAGAGACAUGUUGCUCUUCCUCAGUUUUCAAAAGAAAAAACAAAUUUGAAAGCUUAGCCACCUUGUCCCACAAUCCACAUGCCCAUGUACCCACUUGUGGGACCUGGAGAAGUUGACCUCCAGGACUGGAUGAUCUCCAGACCAGGCAGGAGCUUGACCAGGACAGUGACUUUAGGAAGAGAGAUUACUGGGAACAUGGAGCCUGUUGGCAUCUGAGCGUAUCCUAUAAAAGCAUGUCCCCUCCCCUGUUCCUGCCCUGGACAGCCAUUUUCCCCUUUUCUGGAGGGGGUUCUGUUCUUUGAUGUCUGGAAGGGCCUCUUUGUUGAGCCCAAAGCUUUGAUAUCUCCGUCAUGGUAAUUCUUUCCUGCUUCUGUUUCCUGCCAACCACUUGAUAAGCUGGAAAAAGCAGCGUUGUUCGAUCUUGACCAGUUCCUCUUGCUCUGCUCCUGUUGCUCCUCAAUUUUUGAGCCACCACUCUAUAGGUUUGGUCGUGCCAACGGCCUUCCAGGCAGUUUCUUAUCCUUUCUUAUCUCUGUCCACAUGCUUGAGAGUUGCAUAAAGAUGGCCUCUUGGAUGAGCCUAGAAAAUAAAAAGCUAUGCUGGAAUUAUGGAAAUCUGAUGACAUGAGAUUUUUUCCACAUGCAAAAGUCAGUAUCUGAAUAUGGUGUCAUCCCCCGUGCAUCUUAUUCUCACUAGUGUAAUAGUCAUAGCUGCUGCAUGAGGCCCUUUAGUUUAUGGUUGGUCAUUAAAAUGGUCCUUGCUGUUCAGAGGAGUUGCCCUGUGCUGAUCAGUAAUGCGUGUUUCCUUGACAAUGACAUUAAGAACGGGGUUCAUCAAAGAAAUUGCCAGGAACUGGCAUCAUCCUCAUCUUCAUCGAAGGACACGUUUAUAAGUCAUUAAUCUGGACUGUUCAGGAGAUCUAUUGUACAACAUGGUGACUGUGAUCAAUAACAAUGUAUUAUGUACUUGUUAAGAGUGGAUUUUAAAUGUUCUCAUCACCAAAAAAAAGAUUUUUGGAAGUACCAGCACAGUGACGCUUCCUGAGACCCUGUUGUUUGUGUCAACCUUGGAUGGAAGUUUGCAUGCUGUCAGCAAAAGGACGGGCUCAAUCAAAUGGACUUUAAAAGAAGAUCCGGUCCUGCAGGUCCCAACACACGUGGAAGAGCCUGCCUUCCUCCCAGAUCCCAAUGACGGCAGCCUAUACACACUUGGGGGCAAGAAUAAUGAAGGUUUGACAAAACUUCCAUUUACCAUCCCAGAGCUGGUGCAGGCAUCCCCAUGCCGAAGUUCAGAUGGAAUUCUCUACAUGGGUAAAAAGCAAGACAUCUGGUAUGUUAUUGACCUUCUCACUGGGGAGAAGCAGCAGACUUUGUCAUCCGCCUUUGCAGACAGUCUGUGCCCAUCAACCUCUCUUCUGUAUCUUGGGCGAACAGAAUAUACCAUCACCAUGUACGACACCAAAACCCGGGAGCUCCGGUGGAACGCCACCUACUUUGACUACGCAGCCUCGCUGCCUGAUGACGACAUGGACUAUAAGAUGUCCCACUUUGUGUCCAAUGGCGAUGGGCUGGUGGUUACUGUGGACAGUGAAUCCGGGGACGUCCUGUGGAUCCAAAACUAUGCCUCCCCUGUGGUGGCUUUCUACGUCUGGCAGCGGGAGGGUCUGCGGAAGGUGAUGCACAUCAACGUCGCCGUGGAAACCUUGCGCUACCUGACCUUCAUGUCGGGGGAGGUGGGGCGCAUCACCAAGUGGAAGUACCCCUUCCCCAAGGAGACGGAGGCCAAGAGUAAGCUGACGCCCACCCUGUACGUUGGGAAGUACUCGACCAGCCUCUAUGCCUCCCCCUCCAUGGUGCACGAGGGGGUUGCUGUUGUGCCCCGAGGCAGCACUCUCCCUUUGCUGGACGGCCCCCAGACUGAUGGCGUCACCAUUGGAGACAAAGGGGAGUGUGUGAUCACGCCUAGCACAGACCUCAAGUUUGACCCUGGACUCAAAGGCAAGAGCAAGCUCAACUACUUGCGGAAUUACUGGCUUCUGAUAGGACACCAUGAGACCCCGCUGUCUGCAUCUACCAAGAUGCUGGAGAGAUUUCCCAACAAUCUGCCCAAGCAUCGAGAAAAUGUGAUUCCUGCAGAUUCAGAGAAAAAGAGCUUUGAGGAAGUUAUCAGCCUGGUGGACCAGACUACAGAAAAUGCGCCGACCACUGUGUCUUCGGGUGUGGAGGAGAAGUCUGCCCGUGCCCCUGCCAAGCCCGAGGCCCCCGUGGACUCCAUGCUGAAGGACAUGGCCACCAUCAUCCUGAGCACCUUCCUGCUCAUCGGCUGGGUGGCCUUCAUCAUCACCUACCCCAUGAGCAUGCACCAGCAGCAGCAGCUCCAGCACCAGCAGUUCCAGAAGGAGCUGGAAAAGAUCCAGCUCCUGCAGCAGCAGCAGCUGCCCUUCCACGGCUCCGGGGAUGCUGCCCAGGACAGUGAGCUCCUGGACAUAUCUGGCCCGUACUCGGAGAGCUCGGGCACCAGCAGCCCCAGCACAUCCCCCAGAGCCUCCAACCACUCGCUCUGCUCCGGCAGCUCCGCCUCCAAGACCAGCCCCUACCUGGAGCAGGAUGACGAGGAUGAGGAAACCAGCAUGGUGAUGGUUGGGAAAAUUUCAUUCUGUCCUAAAGACGUCUUGGGCCACGGAGCUGAGGGCACAAUUGUGUACCGGGGCAUGUUUGACAACCGAGAUGUGGCAGUGAAGAGGAUCCUCCCCGAGUGCUUCAGCUUCGCAGACCGCGAGGUCCAGCUGCUACGGGAAUCAGACGAGCACCCGAACGUGAUCCGCUACUUCUGCACAGAGAAGGACCGGCAGUUCCAGUACAUUGCCAUCGAGCUAUGCGCGGCCACCCUGCAGGAGUACGUGGAGCAGAAGGACUUUGCCCACCUCGGCCUGGAGCCCAUCACACUGCUGCAGCAGACCACCUCGGGGCUGGCCCACCUCCACUCCCUCAACAUCGUUCACAGAGACCUGAAGCCCCACAACAUUCUCCUGUCCAUGCCCAACGCACAUGGCAGGAUCAAGGCCAUGAUCUCCGACUUUGGCCUCUGUAAGAAGCUAGCAGUGGGCAGGCACAGCUUCAGCCGCCGUUCUGGGGUGCCUGGCACAGAGGGCUGGAUUGCCCCAGAGAUGCUGAGUGAGGACUGCAAGGAGAACCCUACCUACACGGUGGACAUCUUCUCUGCAGGCUGCGUCUUUUACUAUGUGAUCUCUGAGGGCAGCCACCCUUUCGGCAAGUCCCUGCAGCGGCAAGCCAACAUCCUCCUGGGUGCCUACAGCCUCGACUGCUUCCACCCUGAGAAGCACGAAGACGUCAUUGCACAUGAACUAAUCGAGAAAAUGAUUGCGAUGGAUCCCCAGAAACGCCCCUCAGCCAAGCACGUGCUCAAACACCCGUUCUUCUGGAGCCUGGAGAAGCAGCUCCAGUUCUUUCAGGACGUUAGUGACCGGAUAGAAAAGGAACCCCUGGACGGCCCGGUGGUGAAGCAGCUGGAGCGAGGCGGGAGAGCCGUGGUGAAGAUGGACUGGCGGGAGAACAUCACCGUCCCCCUCCAGACAGAUCUGCGUAAAUUCAGAACCUAUAAGGGUGGCUCCGUAAGGGACCUCCUCCGUGCCAUGAGAAAUAAGAAGCACCACUACCGGGAGCUUCCCACGGAGGUACAGGAGACGCUGGGCUCCCUCCCGGACGACUUCGUGCGCUACUUCACGUCACGCUUCCCCCACCUGCUCUUGCACACCUACCGGGCCAUGGAGCUGUGCGGCCACGAGAGGCUCCUCCAGCCCUACUACUCCCACGAGCCCCCAGAGCCCCAGCCCCCCGUGACUCCAGACACCCACUGAGCCUGGACGGCCCCAGCUGUUGACUGGGGGCCUGGUUGGCACCAUUCAGAGCUUGGCACCUCCCGGACUCACAGGGAGACCAGGCUUCCCUAACCAAGUGCCUUGAGCUGCCCGCUCUGCAGCUGAUCCUGGAGGAGGGAAAGGCAGCCCCUGGUGCCCUACAGGAAUCUGGGAAGAUGGGCCAGCAAAGGAAGGCCCCAGAGACAGUGAAGGAGCCCCCGCCGACCUUCUCUGGGCAAAUUCGCUUCGGGCUUAGGUUUCCUUUUAAAAUUUCUACUUGACAUCGGUUAUGGGCCUUUCAGGAAGGGAGAGAAGUUUUGCCUGCAUGCUAGGAACAGCCAGGCGGAGAUGUGCUGAGCGCAGUCUUUGCUAGAAGCAGGACCCAGAGGGUUACAGUGCAAGGAGGAGAAAGGAGUUCCCAGGGUGUCACCGUAGGAGGCGCUUCACUGGUCACUGCACCCCAGGGAGCCCAGGUUGGGUAACCAAUGUUUCCACAAAGGCAGCGAGAGCCCCGAGCUUGGGACGUGACAUUAGGGACUAGUCAGUGGUCCAUGCGGCGGGCGAGGUCAUGUCUGCGAGGCUUUGGGGAGCAGAGAAGAUGCUCUGUUCUGGAGGCAGUGGUGGCCCAGCAUGCUGGUGGCCUGAACAGUGGCCUUUGGAUUGUCCUGGACCAGUUAGGAGUACUCAGGAACAUUUGGGCGAGAGGCAAUGAAUUUCCUGGCCAUCAAGCAGGACAGGGCUAGUCCUGAGAGCCAGAGGGGGAGCAGCUGAACGCGACCCUCACAGCUGCCGGGAGAAAGCCCUGAGCCAGUGUGGAGGUGAUAAGGUUCCUCUAUCCCUCAGGCCAGGGGGUGGGAAGCCAGGGCCAACGUCACUUGUGCUUCAUGGGCCAGCUUCUUGUUUUUCUUGGCAGAUUUUAAUAACUCUAUUUUGAUCAUACUGUAGAAUGCUACAUGAGCAUAAGUAAGCUAGACUUGAAGCUUACUCAUGAAGAAGGAAUGCAAGCUACAGCACAUCUUCUAUCUUGUGUGGUAGCAAAAUUAACCAUCCCCUUGAGAAAGUAUUCGUGUUUAGAACAUUCUCUAAUGCUGAAGAGGGUAAAACAUUAUAGCAACGCUGUGUAAAUGUAUGAAACAAUGCCAUAGUAAUGAUCUCUAAAUUAUGUCAGUACCAUGUUUUUUUCCUAAAAUUUGUAUAACUUUUCACUUUAGUUUGAGUCAGAAAUGCCUCUGUCUUUUUGCUCCCAAGAGCCGUAGAGGUUAAAAUGCAGUCAGGGUACCAUGCUAGGAAAUGUUCUGUGCGUUAUUUCUCCAGCCGGAUGGAAGGAUUACUGUGGUUCAGUCCUGCCUCAAACUCAGAGACCCCAUUCAGUAUUAAGAAUGGAAUUGCAGAUUUUAUUCGCCAACAGAGAAAUCACUGCUUCUUCUUAUAAACUGUUUUCUGGAUCAUUUGUAUCAGAGCCACUUGGCAAACGCUCUGUUUUUGCCUUUGCAAAAUUCAGUUCUUCCUUUCAUAAUGACUAAGCUGAUUUUCCCCCCUUAAUAUUAACGUGACCCUAUAUCCUUAAACCUCAUUGAUUACCUCAUGUAGCCUUGGGAACUCUGCGCCCUUGGCUGGCAUCCUUGGCGUCUUCUAGCAGGCCGUCUUUCGGGUGUUUUCUCCUGUUCCAUGCAGAGCUGCCGAGACAGCUCUGCCCUCUGGCCCAGCUGCAGGGAGCUUUGCCCAGGGGCUGAGUAUCAGUAGCCCGAGAGAGGAUCCAAAGGUGGAGAGAGUGCCAUGAUUGGUUUAAUGGGACCACCACGGGGACUGGCCCUUCUCCAUGUGCCGAACACGGAGUUUUCUCUUUGGGGGGUACCCACGUGAUUUCUAGUGGCCCGAUUUUGUGUCAUCCCUGUUUGAGCCCAACUUGCCUUGAGAUAACUUUUUCAGCUGCCUCUUAUUUGAGCACUUACCAUAUGGAGCUAGGAGAGGGUAAGGGGUGCCGAGGAUACAGAGAUGAAGUGGACAGGGGAAAGCGCUGCAUUUGUGAAGCUUCUAGCAAAAUCAUUGCUACAAAGAAAACCCAAGCAUUCACGCAUUGGGGACUGGUCUUAAAACUGCCCCAUCUUAGAAUCAUGGGAUCUGGCAGGUCCUUUUGGUCUGUGUGCUCCCCACCACCUUUAGGAACCCAGUUACUGGUCAGUCCUCCAGGUGGUUGGUUUGAAGAGGUCUCGUGGGGGCACCUCGGGCACCCUCUGGUGUGUCCACUCCUAGCUCUGGAGUUCUGGUUUCCCCUGGUGCUCAGCCUUCAGGCUGGGACAGCUGAUGGGUUUGAUUCUGUGAUUCCUGGAAGGCUGUUCAGCUUUGUAGAAGCACUGUCCGCUGUCUUCAUCUUUAAGUGGGAUGUGGUUGUAUCUGUUAGGAAUCCAAAGGACGCUCUAAGUUUUUUAAAUUGUGUCUUAAACCUGGCAUUGAACCGCUUUAACACAUAUGCCGGAAUUUCUCUUACUGCUUCUUGAGUCUUUUUUAUUGUAGUUUUUGAAGAGCUCCAUGUGUUAUUAGGCACCAAAGCGUUUGCACUUUGGGGAGCAUUGGUGUUACUUGGUAAGUCACUUAGGCAUCUAGUGGCUGAAAUAUAAAAUCCGGGGUACAAACGUGUCCCCUCCUUCCCUGCUUGCUGUCAGUACAAUAGUUGCCAGAGGCUCUUCCCAGUAAGACUAACUGAUCAGUUACAAAUGGGUGUUGUUUUGGAAGAUCUGCAGGUAAGUGGAUCCUGCAAAAUAUUUUCUUCCCACCAAUUCUAGGAGAAAAAUCCUUCUCAGAGCCGACCCUAGUCCUUUGGUGAGGUUGUGUGUGUGUGAUUCGGUUAUCUUUGGUGAUUCCUUGCUGCUGUAGAAGAGUCUCUGGCUACUGAUCUAACCUCUCUACAGAUGCGGGGCCUUUGGGUUGUAUGACUUUCUCCUCUUGGCACUUUUAUUUUUGAAAGUGGGAACUUGGCCAGGUUUGGUUCUCCAAGACCAUUGCAAUACCCAUCUGAUCACUGGGUCCUCACUGCUGCAUUCUGUGGACCCUGAGCCUUGGCACGCGGCCAGUGCUGGUUUUGUAGCCUCUGUGCUGGGGGAGAAAACUGGACACCCAGGAAGAGCCUCUCCGUUCUCCUUUGAGCUCUCUCUGUGCCUUAGUUUCUGAAGUUGCUUUUCUUCGUCUCUCCAGUUUCUUUUUCUCACCUAUCCCUUCACCGUCCUGGAGUGCUCAUUUCCGUUGACUAUGACCUGGCAUUGGCUCUGGAAGGGAGUCCUCAGGUGUCCUAUCUGGAUGGGCAAAAAUUCGGCCUUCCUGGGUUGGACCAUUAUCUUACACCAAAGUAUUUACUUUCUUCCUCUACUUUUUCUUUAUGAAACAGUGAUUUCCCAAGAUUAACUCCGGUUCUGAUUUCUUAAUUGGCUCCUAAAUCCUUCCUGUAUUUAUUAGAAAGCCGCAAAGAAGCCUCUGCAGUGAGCCUUCCCCCAGCGCAACCUUAACCGACCCUUUCAGCCAAAGCCCCUGCCCGCCCGCCCCUGCUAUGCUCUGUGACGCUGGAUACAGUAUUCCUUUUCAGGAUCCCUAAAGCUGUGAUGGGGGCGUCCCCCUUACCUAGAAAGCAUUACCUGCCAACCACAUGGCAUUCUCCGAUAUAGACUUUGUGUAGAGUUCUUUUUGCAAUGACCUAUUUAUUUAACCUAUUUAUAUUUAUUUAAUUUUUACUCCGAAGUGUAUCCCAUUACAAUUGCACUUGCUUAAAGCACAUCACAUCCGUUUUGGAUAAGACCCCUGACCAUUUUAAAACUGGAAAAGGAAAAGUUAUACUGUAUCCUUCCAUGGGAUGGACGCUUUACAGUAGUCUUGUCUUUAAAGGGUGAAUAAUUUGGUUGGGGUAAAAUGUUAAUUUUUAGGUGAUUUUUAAAAAUAUAUAUAUUCUGUGCCAUUGUGUCUUCUCUGUGGAUGGUUGACUGUCUAAUUGGUAUGUGUUAAGUGUAUGAUACAGUCCUCUUUGUGGAACCCCAAAUCCUCUUUUUAGCUUUAUAUUUUAUAAAUUGCCAGAUUGUACAACUUUUAUGUGUAUUUUUAAAGCCUGAUGAUGUGAGGGUCAUUAUCUAAGUCAAACUGCCUAUUUUUGUACCUCCUGUACAGUUUUGUAAUUCUGCUGAUUGAUGGCGUCUGAUGUUGAGCCGACCCCAAUAAAGGUAGUUUCAGAUUUGUAA